CCCUGGUGUCUGGUUGAUGCAAUGGGACAGUUUAGCCUGUAAGUAGCUGCAACUGAACUCAAGUCAUCACAUAACCUAGCAUACCAGAGCAGUAGCCUCCAAUUAGUUAUCUUGAUAACACAUUAAACCAACCCCUUUUGAUGUAUUGACUCAACAGUGCCACCACUUUGUCAACUUUGUAAUUUGAAAACUCGCUUCACUUUCUAUUCUUUCCUCUAACUGUCUUCUUCCGAGUUGACUACCGUUGCCCUUUUGAGAUUGUACCUAUGUGAAUCAUGAAAGCAGAGAACGUUAGAAACACUUAACAGAUGUUUGUGAAACUUAAACAUUUUAUGUUAAAAUUAUCUGACUUUCUCUCUACCCUUUCUCGCCAUAGGACGCUACCCAAUCAAGGACGAAACGAGUCAACCAGAAGACAGGUGUUUUCAAAUUCAAUUUCAGAUUCGCAUCCAAAAGUGGUCUACUUGGUGUAUGGUGUCAAUCCUAAUGCGUAAGAAACCAAUACUGUCAUUGUUAUUGUACUUUCUUUCACAGCGAAGGAAAUUUAAUAACAGUCACAGUCCUAGUGUUUAGAGCUCCCCAUUUCUAACUUCCAGCCGUGAAGCCUCCUUUCACAUGCUUGACAAAAGCUAAAGGAAUCGUUCUCUAUAGGAACCUGGAAGCAGCCAAUUAUCACUCUACUCCUUAUCAGUCUUGCUCUCUUCCUCUGUUCUCUAGCUGUCCUAACUGUGUGUGUUUACUGACUGUCCCCACAGAGACUACAAGUUAGAUGCACGCCCCCCAGAGGAUCACAGUCACAGAGAACAACACCCACCUGUUUAUUCCACACUCAACAGUAGCUCAUACCUGACAUUACACCCUGACACUCUUUGUUUGCUAUUUGUUUUUGUUUUGUUUUUGUUCUUUUCUCUCUCUCUCCCCCCUAGGUCUGUGUCAGUUUUAGGUCUUCCCCCUAACUGCUGCAAAACAUGGCUCGCCCCAAAGACCCUGUUGGCCACUGGAAGGACCUAGAAGCAUGGCUAAGUGUUGCAACGGACAGCCUCCUCCCUAAGGCCGCCGAAACGCUACAGCAUCUGACACAGGACCAGCUGGAUGAGAACCUAAACAGCCUUAUGACGCAAGACCCAAGCAAAAGCUACAAUCACAAAGACCUAGCCAAGAUCACAGGUACUCUGAGUCACGUCCUCAUUGCCACCCUCAAGCUGAGUGACAGGCAUUCCACCCAGCUCCAGCACAAGCUGACACAUAUGCAAUCCCACAUCAACCAGCUAGAACUGGAGGCUCAGGAACGACCGGAACAGCCAGAUGAGACUGAUCAAGCUGCCAAAGAGGAGAUCGAUAAACUUCAAGAGACUCUAGCCGCCACCACCCAAGAAAUGGAACAAGCCAAAGCCGACCAUGCUGACGUUGCUAACAAGCUUGAGUAUGUCGAACAGCGACUGGAAGAGGUAAAUGCUGACUCUAAAGACAAGGACAGCAGAACCAAAGUCUUCGAAACUCACCUGAGUGAAGCUAGACAUGAGAUCAGACGACUAACGCAGCAGCUGGACUACAUCAAAGAAGAGUCCAACAGCAUUAAAGAUGAACUCAAGCAUGCACAUGAACUGACACACAGUGAGAAAGCUGAGAGUUCACUGCCAAAACCCUCACCAGCUCCCUCUCUUCCAGCCUGCCAUGUAUCACCAUGUGGCCUGGACCUUAGAGACCUUGACAAGCUAGUCAAGAACCUGGGCAAGUUCACGCCGAAUUUGCCAGGCAGCCAAGAUGUUCACGCCUAUCUGCAAGACAUUGACUUUCACUUGGAAAUGAGACUCAAUGUCACUGACAAAGAUAGACUGUAUUUGCUCCGAGCAACCUCCAGCCCUGAAGUACGCAGCUUCCUGGACCGUCAGUCUGCUCACACAAAGACUGACUACCUCCUGCUCCGAGAAGCCCUCAUCAGAGAGUUUGAUGACAUCGAGUCUGAACAAGGACUUGUAGCUGCCCUGGAGACGAAACAAGGUUGCCAUGGGUCUUCUCAAGCCUACUAUAGCAGACUCAGACGAGCCUACUUCGGCACCUUCAAUGAACCUGAGAUGGAAGAGGACCUGAACUUCAAAAUUCUCUUCCUGAGAAACCUUCAUCCUGGGGUAAGCCACCAUCUUGGGGUUCUUACAUGCCCCCACACGAUGAACACUCAGCAAUUACGAGAUUUGGCACAUAAAGCCUACGUCAAACAAAGGACGUCUUCAGAAAAGACUGCCAAAAUCCCUGCUGUUUAUGACUUCAACACCCAAAGUCAAGAUCUGGCCCUUGAGGGUGCCCAAGGCCCAGACAAUGCUAAACUACCUCCCAGUGAGUGGAAUGUGUCGUCUUACCAUAGACAACGAGACAGUCAUGCUGAUACCAGACCUAAACAGUGGAACAGCAGCUUGAAAGGACUGUAUGGACGACAACACUCACCUGAACGUCACCGGGAGAGACCGUGGAACAGGUCCACCUCAUUUGCAAACCAAAGGGGGACAAGCUCGUGGGAAUCCAGUGGUACCUCCAAGGUAAAGCAACACCACCUUGACACAACCAGCCCAAGAGGUCAACGAAAGAACUCACAAAGAUUCCACGCUGAUCGAGCUCCAACUGAACCUCCAGAAGGAAAAACAUCACCAUGUUUUGACCCUCAGGAACUGAUGAAAAUGAUCCUGAAAGAGUUCAUCCAACGAAGGGAAGAGGAUCGGAAGUGGGAAAGGAAAGGAAAACCUGAUUCUGCCUGACAAGCAACGACCUCACAAAACAGCACCUCUUCACCUCACUUACAGAGAAAUGUAAAAGACUCAAUAGACUGUACUUGAACACCAGAGUUAGACGCUAACUCAACACCUGAUGCCUCAGGUCACCACUGCAUCACACAAACACUUGUGGAUGAAACCCUUCCAACUCCUAAGAGUGCCGUCUUGGUCGUUUGCCACUCCACUGAACUCAGAAUCAAUCCAAAUCCUACCUGUGCCAUGCCAACUCCAGUCCCUCAACUCCAAGUGACCAGAAAGGGGGAAGAUCCAACCUGCUGACACAGACCCACUAUUCUAAACUCUUAAUAUAACGCUAACCUGUUUUUGUCAUUUUAGGAAGUCACCUAGCCCUAGCUAUGUUUCCUAAACCCAACACAUACACUCUCCCCUCCACUGCACUGCUAGGAACAAUCUCUAGUAGAGAGGAGCUAUUACACAUAUGUGACACUUGUUUGUUAUGCUACCCUUACUCAAUGUCCUUAUGUCUCAGUGUUGUUUUCUUUUUCUCUCUCUAUGUCUUUCAAUUCAUUUCUCUUGCCUCAUCAGGGAACCCCCACAGAUGAUGUUUAAGUCCAGAGCUCAGAAUUGGGAUGGACUCCUUUCACCAAGCCUCACGGAUCAAUGCCCUAAAGGUGUGAUCGCUGUAUUGAUAAUUUAAUGUUGUAGCACCUGUCUGACGACAUGUCUUAGGCGAAAACUCAAAAGUUUUGUUAACCACAUUUCUUCAUUUUCAAUCCAGAACCAAAAAGAGGAUUGAAGGUAAAGAAUUAAAUUUAUUGGUUUUGACUCUCGUCAAAACAGCAUCGUAGGGUAUAUGUUCACUUUGACACUUGCCUUCUUCCUCCACGAGUGAGUAAAGGCCAUCCAAAAGUUGUUCAAAUGUGCACGCCCCACAUCUUGCGCAUACUUAGAUGCGAUAACGCUGACCAAAAUUUGAAUUCUUUACUGAUUGAGAUAAUGCCUAUACACCUUCAUUGAACCUUCAAUACCUUGGUUAGUCCUAGAAGCCUGAAUUCUGAUCAUACUAAACUAUGCUCUUCUACACCUUAAGUGUUGCUAACCCGAGCAUUCCAAAGUGCCUAAACCCCACAACAAGAUUCAGUUAGUGAUGAUGUUGUUUGUGUCUUGUGUUUGCCUGUUCUCUCUGCUUCUGCCUGUUUGUUCCAGUGCCUGCCAAUGUUCACACCCGGGAACAUCGCCAAUCAAAGGGGGAUGUAGUAACUCAUGGCCUGUCGCAGUGAACAGCACGAGUUAAAUCUGAAACCUCAGAAACUAGGUGCCAAAUUGUCUGUCAUUUAACUGGCUUGAGGGCUUAUACCAUCACGAUCACAGAGCACCAUUGACUUGAAUUGCAGAUUCAAUACUUUGGCUGCAGAUGUUCUGGUAUCCUUCAGCUAACUAGUAAAUGACUAAUAAACUUAAACAAUGGGGCUUUACAGGAUUUUAAGCGGGAAUGGCCUCACGAGACUUUUGAAUGACUCAGCUACAUGGUCAUGUGCUCGCCUCGGGCACAUCCUGCCAGAUAUACAAUUUCGUAGAGACAAAGAGAAAAUAAUGCAUACGAAUAAAAGACAAACUUUUAAAUUGUCAAAACUAAGGCAGAUGUAUCUUUGAAUAAUAUGCCAUGGUUUUCCUCAUAUGCUAUGUUUAUUCCAACCAACCAGGUUAAUUAUUGUGUUGUUUUAACCCUUAUUGCAGAUUAAAAUGAUCUGUAUGUGUCUGAAAUGUAUGAUGUCUGGUAUUGAACAAAAGCUAGUGACAUUUGCAAUACA